UUGAGGCAAAAACUCCACCAUCACAACACAACUUAAACAGAUAUACAUACAUAUUAAUCGAAAAUAAUACAAAAACUAUAAAUAUAAGAUAAGCCCAAGUGAAAAACACAAAUUAGUUUUGCAAAAUAUCAUCGAAGUGUAAAGUGGACAACAAAAUUCUAAAGAAAUAUGAAAGUCUUCACUCUUUUCCUUGUAAUUUGUAUCUGCUCAACCAUCGUUAAUAUCGCGAAUUCCCAAACAACACAGGAUAAGCAAGGCAAUCUAAUCAGUCAGAGAAUUCGUUCUAUACGUGAGAGUCUUCGAAGCCGAGUCGCUGUAGAUUCCAACAAAACAAAACCAGUGGUAGCAGAAAAUGAAGACGACGAUGAUGAUGCGUGGAAUAUAGGCUCAUUCUUUGGCGACAUCACCACCAAAAUGGGCUCUUUUUUUAAAGGCGCCGUCGAUAAUCUAUUUGAGUGUGUAGAUGAUGUAUUUGGCUGUUUAAAUCCAAACGAUGAAAAGAAGAAGAAGAAGAAGAAGGAAGAGAAACCUGAACCAAAGCCGCAUACUACAGGCGAUAGCGAACAAGGUGGCGCUGGCGGUAUCAAGCCAACAACUGAUCCAGUUACAAAAGCCACACCAGAAGUGGUGACCACAAAACCAACUGCUCCGGCAAGUAGUACUUCCCGUGCUGCCGCCACCGUAAGUGCCGCGUCUACACAGAGCCCAAUUUCAACACCUGCACCUGCGCCUGCCACACAGAGUGCAACAAGUGCAAGUACGAGUCAAUCCACAGGAUCAUGA